GGCCUGUAGGGAGAUACUGUCACGCGAGAGUGCGGGUGGGCUUACAAGCUACAGGGGAAGUCGAUCUACAGAACACUGUGUUUGAUGGGAUGGGUUAUGAAAAAAAUGAAAAAGAUUUUAACAGAGGAUUCCAUUACCACAUGCCUUUCUCCUUUAGUGCAUGACUUGAUUUGUAACCUUGGGUUUGAACUCACAGAAAUUUGUGAUAUCAAUAGCAUUGUAACUCAAAAUGGUGAAGUACUCUGGAAAGCAAUUACAGACUGUGUGAGCUAUGCAGAAUUAGGGCAAAGUCUGGACUACAGGCAAAGUGUGCAGCAGUUGGGUCCAGUGUGUGAGGCCAUCCAUCUACACAUCUCAUCACUGACCAGAGCACAGUUUGAAAUUCAGUAUUUACCAUGGUACCAGUGGACAACUUAUCCAGAGUUGUUUCUUGAAAUAUUUGAUGCUUUGGAAAGCUUGCCGUCUGCUGCCAUCUCCCUCAGCGUGAUGAAACUAGCUUCCUGUCUGGAACGAGCCCUAGGCGAUGUAUUUUUACUGAUUGGGAAAGAGUGCCCUUUUCUCCUAAGAGAUCUUCUUGCAUCUGCAGAGCUUGCACAAGUCUUUGGACAUGCUGUGAUGGAUGUACUAAAAGUCUUCAUCGGUUCUCCCUGUGGACUCAACCUCAGAAACAUCUUGUGGCAUGGCUUUGCUUCCCCUCAAGAUAUUCCUCCAAAAUACUGUUCAGCCAUGUUGCUGUUGACGGCAGGACUGGGUCAGUUACUGAAGAGUUACCUUCAGCACACAAAAGUCACAUUGGCACAUCGACCUUUUGUAACACUCACAAACUUAGAGGAUGUGAUUGUUUUUCCUGAUGUGACUUAUGAGGUACUCUCCGCAUUAGAGACAGUGAUGACAAAAUCCAACUUUCUAUUAAAAAUCAUGUUGCCAUAUUGGGAAAUGGCAGUGAGCAAGUUCAAGUCUCACAGGUUUGCUGACUGUACCAUAUUGUUGCUGUCACAGCUAGAAGCUGGACUCAGGAGAGUUUUUGCUGCAGUUAACAAAUGUCCUGAUAGACUGCUCACAGCUGAGUCAACAAUUCUAUAUACCACGUUUGAUGAAAUACUGGCAAAGCACAUGAGUGAUGGUAGCAUCAACCAGCUUCCUUGUUUCCUUGGAGAGCCUGCCAUGGAAUUCUUGUGGGAUUUCCUGAACUAUCAGGAGGGUCCUCGUACCCGGGAUCGUUUAAGCCAUGGGGAGAUCAACAUACACGAAUUUCCAAAAGAGGCAGCAAGCCAGCUGCUCACGUUCUCCCUGGUGCUCUUGCUCAGAUUCACUGAGGAGGACACACUGUCAGAACUGAAGGAGGAAGCAGCAAUACAGUUGCUGGUUAGUCUUGCAGAAGGUUACAGGUCUCGCUGUCACCCAGCCUUUCAGCUUCAAAAACAGGUGCUGAACUGUGAGAGAAGCCUCAGGAUGUGGCCUGUGCCGCCUUUGCCAGAAGAGUGUUGUCAGCCAGCAGCCAGAUUGGAAGGUAAUUCUGAAGCAUGUGCCUGCAACUCUUUAAUUAGCAAGAUUUUGUGUGAGCUCUGCCACUAUCUGCCUGGGAGUGCCUGUGCUAUCAAUGGCUUGGAUGGGCUUCCCUCGGAGAAGUGGUCACAGCUGCUAACUGAACUCUGUAGCACACGCAUUCCUACACUGUUCUGCCCCAGAAUCAUUCUAGAAGUUCUGGUUGUGCUCCGAGGCAUCAGUUCCCAGUGCCAGCGCGUGUCUGACCAGGUCAUUGCCUCUUUGCAGCUGAGACACAGGCAAUGGGUGGAGCGUAGGUUGCGCUCAAGGCAACGUCAGAACUAUGUGCGCAUGCUCAGCAGUGUUGGACUUUUGUGUCCUAUGCUUUCCCUGAUUUUGUUGCUCCUUGCGCUGGAAUUGGUCAGUGUUCAUGCUGUUCAUGGCAAAGGCGCUCAGGAACAACAGCAGUAUCUGAGGUUCUUAAAAUUGGUCCUACAAUACACUGAGAACCUAGUGGCCUAUACCAGCCAAGAGAAGAACAAGUGGAAUGAAGCCAUCAGUCUUACACAUGCAGUUUUGUUGAGAAUUUGGACUUUCAGUGAGAAGAAACAAAUGUUAAUACAUUUAGCCAAAAAAAACACAAAUAAAGUUGAUACAAGCUGACAAAGAAA